AUGCACGGCCAGGUGACGGGUUUGUUCUAUGCCAUUUACUAUCUUGUUCUGGCAGUUAUUGGAGUCCCAGGUAACUUGGUGACGAUUGCAAUCCUGUCACGUGGAAACUGCGGUCUCUCCAAAUGCAUCACAAAAUAUCUUGUAGGCAUGGCAGUAACGGAUCUCCUGGUCCUCAUUACGGCAGUGAUAUUAAACCGGAUCAGAGCUAUUUACUUUCCAAUUUCAUUCCUUUCAAUUACACCUGUCUGUAGCCUCAGAAUCGUUAUGAUCUACAUAGCUAGAGACAGCUCGGUCUGGCUAACAGUCGCUUUCACGUUCGAUCGAUAUGUUGCCAUCUGUUGCCAGAAAUUGAAGGCAAAAUAUUGCACAGAGAGAACAGCUGUUAUCGUCAUGGUGACGGUUUGUGUUGUGAGCUGUUUGAAAAACAUUCCCAUGUACUUAAUAUAUGAGCCUGUAUACGUAGUCAACAAUGUGCCUUGGUUUUGUAACAUCAAACAAAGCUUUUAUUCCGAUAUUUCAUGGAUUGCUUUUGACUGCAUUGAUUACAUUUUGAACCCCCUUGUUCCCUUCUUCAUGAUGUUGCUCUUGAAUGCUUUAACUGUCAAACACAUUUUGACAGCCAGUAAAGCCCGCCAGAGAAUACGCAUUCAGAAUAAUCAAACCAAAAAGAACGACCCGGAGAUGGAAUCUCGGAAGAAAUCCAUUGUCUUGUUAUUCGCUAUCUCCGGUAGUUUUCUCGUGUUAUGGACUACCAUUGUCGUAAACUUCUUGUAUGUGAGAUUUACGAACAGUAAUUACUCCGCAGGGUCCAAUCCCAAUGAUCCAAAAUUCAUUCUUCAGGAAAGUGGAAUCAUGUUGCAACUCCUUAGCUGUUGUACCAACACGUGUAUUUAUGGAGCGACACAGCGGAAGUUCAGAGAGGAAUUUACGAGAGCACUGAGAUACUCAUUUAACCAAAUUACUAAAAUUGUAAAGUAA